CUGAACUAUUUAAUUCUACUUUUGAUCCCAAGGUUAUCUUAAUCUGAAGCUGGUGUUAUUGCUAAUUGUUGUCAGUUGCUUUCCGUGAUAAAUAAUUUAGUGCAUUCGUUAUUGUCGUGCAAAAUGUCCAGUACUGCUUUAACUGCGAUUUCUGUGGCCGUAGGAGUAUUUUUCGUAUUCUUUGGGACGUUAAAGCUUGGUCCAUUAUUUUCUGAUGAGCUUUAUCGCAGUGUGAGAAAAAACUUCAUUAGGAUGUUCAAGACGUUUCCGUUUAGUUCGUUUACUGGUUGGAAUCCGAAUCCUCAUGUAAUUAGACGAGUUUAUGGAACGACUGAAGUUGUCGGUGGUAUUGUACUUGCAGCUUGUUCUGGGACUCCACAGGAUGUUAGCAAUGUUAUACUGCUUAGUCUUAUGCUAUUCCAUCUCUUUAGUAUAUGGCGCGUAGCAGAUGGACUAAAAGAAGCUUCCAAUCUCAUUGUUUUAUGUUUGAUGCUAACAUGCAGGUUUAUUAUACGGAUUCAACGUCCCAAACGAAUUUUCGGUACAAAUGUUGAUAUUCUACCAGAACAGAGAUGUGAUGUAAUGAUACAGGUGGCUGUGUUACAUUUUAAAACUAAUAAAUCAUUAAGACUGAUUUCAACGAACUAUGCAAUUUAGUACAGAAAGCAAAAACGGAAUUCGAAAGUGUGGUUAACUGAAAAUGACUACCAAUGUGAGCUUCAAAUGCGUAAUGUGAUAGGUGAAGAAAAUGGAUAUCUUCUUCCACCCAAAAAUCAAAGACAUUCCACUCCCGAUUGGUGCUACAUACUACUUAUAUCAGCAAACAUACGUAGCAUAUACCCCAAGUUACGAAAUAAACUGCCACAACUGUGAAAAAUAGUGAAUCGAACAAAGUAACCAAUUCAAUAGUCUGCGUGAAUACCAGUUGAGUGUGGCAAACAUCAUAACAUAUCUUCAGCCAUACUAACCUAUGCGAACACACAUGUUCUAUUAGGAUAACGUUGAAAUUCUCAUAGAACAAAGGCUAGAGAAUUUCCGCAAAAUAUGGUAAUCGUCAGUUAAUAGGUAUAAUGAAACAAAUCCAAUCUGCCGCUUAAUUAUAAACGAUUACAUGGUUAAAGCUAAGUUUAAGGAAAAAUUGAAUCAAAAUAAAUAAUGGUAGUACAAUUAGUGGCAGCGUCUAACCACGUCCUAUAUCGUUUAUUCGAGCCGCCAUUUCGUCAUGACCAGGGAUAUUACCCAGUUGUCCGAACCAAAAUAUCUGGAGCAAGGUUCAAAUGUGAGACUACGUGGUCGAGUUACCUUGUCAUCAACUUAACGAACUGGUUAUCACUUUUGAAAAUAUUUCCGCAUAACUCACUUGUUUUUGAAGUUUGGAUUGCUGCUGUUGUAAAUGGUUUGUCUGGUAGGACAAUAAAAAACAAUACGAUCAAACUAUUCAACUCAGUAAAUAAAACUCUACUAGAAUUCUUCUAAAUGUAUUGAGCGUUAUGAGGCUAACAAUGAAAUAUUUCCAAGUAUUAUAACAUACAGGAAACAGAUUAUUCAAUCAAAGAGUAUGACAACAAAUUCAUGAACAAUUCAAUUCAGUAAGUGAAAAAAUUUUUUUAGUGUUCGAGUUGUACAUAGAAAUAAAAACAAUUGUUCCAUUUUCAGUAAGUUACUUGUUUUAUUGAACUCCUUUCAAAUUGAAUGAUUAUUGUAAAUUUUUUAAAAAACAAAAAAAACCCUGACAGUUGGAAUUAAAAAGGUUACAUAUGAAACAAAAGAAAAUGCUACAAAAUACACAUAGUGCUUUAUGCUGGUCACCGUUACUACCAAUAAUAAUAAUGAUAAUAAAAUCAAAAUAAAGAUUUCAUAUAUUGCAAAGAACCUCCUAAUAAAAUGCAGAAUUCUAAUACAAUACAGAAAUGGACUAGAUAAUUGUAUUAAAAUCAUAAAGAAGUUGAAUAAAUUAUGUGUGUGUGUGUACGUAAAAUGGUUACUACAUAAAAGACUGUAAUGAGAAAAUAUAACAAAAUUUUUUUAAAAAAAUCAUUGAAUAUAACGUGAAUCAUGACAACUUUGAGUUGUGUGUCAAAUAAAUACAUACUGUAUUCCCCUUUUUAACCAAAACAAAUUUGGUGAAUAGAUUUAGAGCACGUCAUAUAGAGUGAAAUCGUUCAAUCUAUCAUCCUUCAUCAAACAAUGAAUUUUGUUGUUCCUUCCUUAUAAAAGUUUAUUAACGGGAUUAAUAUAUAUUAUGAAGAAUUAACACUGUGUGUAUCGGUCAACUCAUCAAAUUAUAUUCAAUGUCGAAAUUGUGGAAUUAUUCCAUUUGAAUAAUCUAACACAAUUCAAAGAGAUCUUUACUUUUUUGUUGAAAGAAAAGUUGAUAAAAAAU